AGAUCUUAUUACAUAGGGUAGGGUUAAAUAGAAAUCUUAUAAAAUGGGAUUAACUACAGAAGAGAUUGAACUUCUCCGUUCUUCUUGGAACGAAAUGAAGACGAUUGGAAUGAAGGAGCUUGGGUUACUUAUUUUCCACAGAUUGUUCAGUGAUGUGCCAAGAAUAAGGAAAAUGUUCUAUAACCUUGAACUGCCUGAUGACGAAACAUUGACGCUGGAGGCGAUGCGGAGCAACCAGAAAAUGUCUCGGCAUGCGACCAGGAUUGCCACUUCCAUUUCCACGUAUCUUAAACUUGUGGAUCAACCAGAAGAACUGAAAACUUUUCUCAACGGUUUAGGAGAACUACACGCUGGUCAUAAUGUGGAGCCAGAAGACUUUGAGUAUCUUGCGCCCGUCAUGCUAGCUGUUAUAGGGGGGCAACUGAACUUGAACAGCAACUCAGCAAUUUUACAGGCGUGGGUUAAAGCAUAUGGGGUGUUAAGGAAUGGUAUUGUUAGGGGUAUGUACGCAUACAAAGGGUAAACAUUUCCAACCAAUCCGUCAGUUUUACCGUUAAGUUAUUACCUUUCGUUUAGAGACAGCUUUAUUGAUUUCGAAUUUUAAGUAUACGUUUAGAACCUUUACUAUAAGUAUGCACUUCAGGUUAGUUUUUACUGGUUUAUAAAAUAGCGCAGUCGCACAUGGCACAGCACCGCAACGUCGAUUAUUAAAAUCCUUUUUUUUUAUAAUAAUCGACUUUCGUAUAACGCUUGCACAUUCGCAUUGAAAAUUAUACUAAUGUAUUAAAAAAAUAAAUACUCAAAA